AUGGAAACAAUCGGGCCUUUCAGGCGUAGCUGCCAGGCAAAUAGAACUAACCCAACUGUCGCCUGCCAAAAACAGGCGGGUAACUUAAAAAUGCAACUAACUGAGAGUCAAGUCGCUAAACCUAAUCCUAAACGCAAAUUAAUCGACUCAAAUUCCACCUCUUUUUCUUCGCCACUCAUUCUUAUUCACAACACAACUCCAUUAAUCCUGCAAUCUUCUUCCUGACGCACUCACCAUAAACAAAAGGUAUGUCUCAGAUUGAGAAAAACCCAUCUUCCAGUAUUGACCCAAAAAGUGGUUUCUGUUCAAAAACUAAAACUUUCUAUAGCCUCAGAUCUUUAGCCCAGCUUCCACCUCUUGCUUCCCCAAUUUCAGUUACUGACUUCAUUUUCUCCCUUCUCCAAUCUUUCCCUCCUUCUGCAGCCACUCCUGCGCUUAUUGACGCUGUCACUGGCCACCGCAUUUCUUAUCCUGAAUUCAUUAUUCUCACCAAAAGCUUAUCCUCGUAUCUUCAUAUCGUUCUCGGCCUCAGGAAAGGAGACACUGCUUUUAUUCUUUCUCCAAACUCAGUCCAUAUCCCUAUUAUUUGUUUCUCUCUUUUAUCCUUAGGUGUUAUUGUCUCACCUGGAAAUCCAGCAAGUUCAGAAUCCGAGAUUCAGCAUCAAAUUCACCUCUCCAAGCCUGUAGUCGCAUUUGUCACUGGCCAUACCGCUCAUAAAAUCACUAAUCUUAACACAAUUGUCAUAGACUCACAUUGGUUUGAAUCGAUCAGAAGUCACAGAGAACCUGAACCUGUUAAACCUCGUAUUUAUCAAUCUGAUCCCGCAGCGAUUCUUUAUUCUUCAGGGACUACAGGGAGAGUUAAAGGAGUGAUUUUGACUCAUAGAAACUUCACAUACGUGGCAGCAGCAGGUCAUGCUGUUCGCGCGCCCAGGCAGACACCUCCGGUUAGCUUUUGUGUAGUGCCUUACUUCCAUGUGUAUGGAUUAUCUUACUUCAUUAGAACAUUGACAGUGGGAGAGACUUUGGUUUCGAUGGGGAGGUUUGAUAUGAAGAUGAUGUUGAAAGCUAUUCAGGAUUUCAGGAUUACUCAUAUGGCGCUUGCUCCACCUGUUGUUGUGGCCAUGGCUAAGGGUAAUAAUGGAAUGGUUGAUGGGUAUGAUCUGAGUUCUCUUGAAGUUGUGGGUUGUGGUGGAGCUCCACUCAGGGAAAGUGUUGUUCAACAGUUCAGGAAAAAGUUUCCUAAUGUCAUUUUGGGUCAGGCAUAUGGGUUGACUGAAUCAACAGCAAGAGUCUUUGGAACAUUAGGCUCUGAAGAAGGUCAAGUUAUGGGGGCAACAGGAAAGCUCAUGUCUAACUGCGAAGCAAAGAUUGUUCAUCCUGAGACUGGUACUCAUCUCCCACCUGGCUCUCCUGGUGAAAUCUGGGUUAGAGGACCAUCCAUUAUGAAGGGUUAUGUUAAUGAUGAAGCAGCAACUGCUGCGACUUUAGAUUCUGAGGGAUGGCUGAGGACUGGGGACCUUUGUUAUAUAGAUAAUGAAGGCUUCCUGUUUUUUGUGGAUCGAAUUAAGGAACUAAUCAAAUAUAAAGGCUACCAGGUUGCACCCGCAGAACUUGAGCAUCUGCUUCAUUCCCAUCCAGAUAUUGCUGAGGCAGCUGUAAUUCCGUAUCCUGACGCCGAAGCAGGUCAGGUACCCAUGGCCUUUGUGGUACGGCAAAGUGGAAGCACAAUUGAUGAAUCACAAAUCAAAGAUUUUAUAGCUAAACAGGUUGCGCCAUAUAAGAGGAUACGAAGGGUUAUCUUCAUUGAUUCAUUACCGAAGAAUGCAGGCGGUAAAGUGCUCAGGAAAGACUUAAUCAGAUUUGCACUAUCAGGAGCUACUUCUAAGUUAUGAAUUCUUCACUUUAGCAUCAAACCAUGUCACUUUAAUUGAUCUUAGUUUCUUUUGUUUUACAAGAACAAGCCAACGUUAAUCAACUUGGAUAAUGUAAAUGUGUUCUACAGUCUACAUCUCAUGUUAUUACAAAGCUGCAAGUGCUUGAUACAAAAA